UUGUGACUUGUGAGUUGUGGUGUGUAUAAGUAACGUGUUUUUUCUCUUAUUCUUUGAUCAACAACCUCAUAGUGUCAACAUGGUUUGCAAGGAAGAUAUAUUAAUCGAACAAGUAUGCGACCUUUACAAUCAAAUCUCAAACCUUGACACACUCAAACCUUGCAAAAUUGUCAACACACUUUUCACCAAACUUGUCCUCACAUGCAUGUCACCAAUCCCCAACAUAGAUGUCACAAAACUAGCCACAAAUGUUCAAGAAAUUAGAUCCAAACUCAUAAUCCUAUGUGGUGAAGCUGAAGGCCAUUUAGAAAGCCACUACUCAACCAUCUUAGCUUCACACAAUAACCCUCUCAAUCAUCUCAACAUUUUUCCUUAUUACACAAACUACCUCAAACUUAGUCUCCUUGAAUUCAAUAUCCUUAACCAACACAUAACUAAUAAUGUUCCUAAAAACGUUGCCUUUAUUGGCUCUGGUCCACUUCCACUCACUUCAAUUGUAUUAGCCACUAAUUACUUACCAAGCACAAUUUUUCACAACUAUGAUAUUGACCCUUUAGCCAAUUCCAAAGCUUCUUGUUUAAUUUCAUCUAAUCCUGAUUUAUCAAACCGUAUGUUGUUUCACACCAAUGAUAUAUUGAAUGUGACGAACGAUCUGAAAGAAUUUGAAGUUGUUUAUUUAGCAGCGCUUGUCGGAAUGAACAAUGAAGAAAAGAAUAAAAUCAUUGAUCAUUUGGGUAAGUAUAUGGCACAUGGAGCACUUUUGAUGCUGCGGAGUGCUCACGGGGCUCGUGCUUUUCUGUAUCCAGUUGUUGAUACUAGUGAUCUUCGUGGCUUUGAAGUGCUCUCUAUUUUUCAUCCAACGGAUGAGGUUAUUAAUUCGGUUCUCAUAGCAAGGAAGUAUAAUCCAAUCGUUUUGUUACCAAAUAAGUGUUGUGGUGAUGAGAUUCAAGUCUUCAAACCACUGAAUAAUAUGAUUGAGGAAUUGGUCAUUGAAGAAUGAAGAGAAGAUAUAAAUAUAGUUUAAUAAAAUUAUCUUCCUUAAUUUAAGACUAUAUAGUACAUGGCUAUUGUGUCUUUAGCAAUCUAUUUAAUAUUUCUAUUUAUGUCCAACGUUUGAACUAUCUAGCAUCUAUAAGUCUUUGGUGUUGUUGUUGUUUUUCUUAUUCCUAGUAUUUAAUAAAUAAAAGAGGAAUUAAAU